AUGGAAUCUCCCGAUGUUGCCGCGAAGACGAAGAACGACGGGGCCGCGGCGGCGGCGGCGGAGGGGGCGGCGGUUGUUGAUUGUGCUCGCGCCUCGUCGGAUUCUCCUCCGGUUCAAGAGUCCCCUUUCUCUAAUUUUGUCAAGAACCUCUCUCCGAUAAAUCCAGUCAAGGCUGCGCAUGUUCCGCAAGUUUUCCCUGCACUUAAUUCUUCUCCUCUUGUAUUUACUUCACCACAUGUAAACUUACAGCGUGGGGCCAAUUUCUUGAACAGGAUUCAACCUGUCCAGCCGUCCAUUGAAGAGUUAUCGCGUCAUAAAAAUCAGUGUAAGGACAAAAUUGAAGAGGCUUCCGAGUCGCCCAAUGAACAUGUUGCCCAAGCAAGAGAUGAAGCUGUUACUCAUGAUAAAGGCAACUUUAGUUCCAGAGACUCUUCACAAGCUCAGCCAUGUAGUUCUUCUGGGUGCAUAGAUGAAUUCUUGGCUGAUCCUAUUGAGAUUGAUUGUGCCAAUUCUGCUCAUUUAGUGGGCCACUCCAGGAAAGAAAUGGAAAACUGUUUGCUGAGUAAUGUCACUUACUCGGUGGAUGACCUCUCGAAGUUUGGCCAAGAAACUAAUGUGGACAAUGAAUAUGGGGUAGGGAAUUUACCUCAAGGUUUUUAUGAUGAAAGACAGGAGGAGCUUCAGGAAAGGCUAACGUGUAAUCAACAACCAACUGAAGCGGAAGAUGAGCGUAAUGCAGGAGACAUAUCAACUAUCGAAUGCAUCAAAACUGUGCUUGACUUGUCCGUUGAAAAUAUAUCUAAGAAGCAACAGUCCGUAGAUUCAGUUGCUCAGCUGGCAGGGUGCAGCCAUCACUGUGGAUCUCAUGACCUGCAAUCGCUCCUUGACGCCUGUCCAAUGGUUGACUCAUGUAAAGAUGGAGUGGAUUCACAGGCAACCUUAAGUGAACAUGCUGAUUUACAUCAUCCUGAGAAUAUUCAACAUCAGCGAGGCUUGCUUAGACGCUGUCUUCAAUUUGAUGAUGCACACCCAAAUAGUUUUUCAAGAUCAUUAAGUUUACCAGCACGUAAUUUGGACACUUCAAGAUCUUUGGCUACUGCUUCAGAAAUGGAAGAUCUGGAUUUAUCUAGGCCUAAUUCCAAUAUAAUUUCCAGCAAGAGACCAGUCCGUGAGCCAUACAAACCUGUGACAAGCAUCCUGGCCAAUCGCCAGUGUGGAAGCUCUCCCAUUAUAGCAUCCAAGCCAUCGGGUAUUGGCUUGCAUUUAAAUAGCAUUGUUGGUACCAGAACAGUAAGUUGCAGAGCAGCCAAAAACAUUAAACCAGAGGAAGGCCACCAGGAUGUUGAGGAGAUAAAUUUUGAUUCUCUUCCUGAGAUUGAGGGCCAGAAUUUGUUGAAACCGCAUGAGCAUUAUGAUACUCCACGUGAAAAAAGGAAGCUUGAUUUAGCAGUUGUUGACGGAUCUGAGGAGUUUAUCCAACUGAGUCCCAAAAAGAAGAGGAACAAGACAAUGGCCGCCUUCAGCGGCGAUGGUUGCAAACGUUGCAAUUGUAAGAAGAGUAAAUGCUUGAAACUUUACUGUGACUGUUUUGCUGCUGGAAUGUAUUGUGUCGAACCUUGUUCAUGCCAUGGAUGCCUUAAUAGACCUCAAUAUGAACAAACAGUUCUUGAGACACGCCAACAAAUUGAAUCUCGCAAUCCGCUGGCAUUUGCUCCAAAGAUUAUAGAACGUAGCGGGGAUUUUUCAGCAAAUAAUAGGGAAGAUGGAGUUUCAUCAACACCAGCAUCAGCACGGCAUAAGAGAGGAUGCAAUUGCAAAAAGUCAAUGUGUCUAAAGAAAUACUGUGAAUGCUAUCAGGCUAAUGUUGGAUGCUCAGAUAAUUGCCGAUGUGAAGGAUGCAAAAAUGUUUAUGGAACGAAGGAGGAUUAUUGUGUAACCAGAGAAGUAACAGGCAGCAGAGUUAGUGAGAGACGCUUGGAAGGCAUAAAUGAUGAGAAGCCGCAAAGAGUGGCAUCUGAGAAGGAUCACUUGCGGACCCAUACAUACGAGCCUGUCCAGCUAAUUCCACAGACACCAUCAUUACAGUUUUCAGACCAUGGAAGGGGUCCUCUGAGAUCCCAACUUUCUACAAGAAGCAUCCUGUCACCUAAUUCAGAUCAGAAGAUCUUAUCAUCUGCAAAAUCCGGAAGACCUUCAGGAAGUGUAGAUAAUGGAGACAUACUGCAGGAAGGACAAAAAGACACUUUGGAAUCAGGUUCUUUCAAUCAGGUUGCAGAUAACAAUGAUGCAGAAAAUGAGACGGUGGAUGAAAUCUCCCCUCGACGUGAUUCAUUGUUGAAUUUAUGUCGCCUUACUCCUAUAUCGAGCCCCCGCAUGAAGGCUGGCUCGUCUUCAGAGUCAUCUAAAGCAAUGGAUAACAUCUGUACUUCAAUAAUUCCGGCAUUUCCUGUAAGUAAUCACCUUGCAGGCAACUCCCGUCGUUGGCAUUGUUCUCCAGUUACCCCAGCGACUCAAUUAGUUGGUGCCAAAUCUUGCGAGGACCCUAUGUCGGAUGUUGGACUUUCUGCCAUUCUGGGAGAUGAUACGCCUGAAGUAUUGAAGGACAACCCGACCGCUGCAAAAUCAGUGAAAGUUAGCUCCCCUAGUCGCAAGCGUGUUUCUCCUCCUCACAAUCAUCUGCACGGACUUAAUACAAGUUCUUCAGUGGCCUUGAAGAGUGGCCGCAAGUUUAUACUGAAGGCCGUUCCAGCUUUCCCUCCUCUCACCCCUUGUAUUGGUUCUAAAGGUAGUAGUGGUGAAAACAGUUGCGAUUAUCAAGAUGAUAGUGCACCAAGUGAUAAAACAGACUGGAGAUAAGGAGUUAAGUUAGAUUUGGCGGACGUGGUUGCAAAUUGUGCCUUCUCAAGUGAGAUAUAUGGGUCAAACUGAACAUCAAUCAGGUACCUGCAGUUGUGACGUCUUCGGAGUAUUUCCUUAUGGAAAGAAGACAUUGAUAAGUGCUAUUGAGUUUUCAUAGGAUCUGCCCUGCUCUCUUUUCGUCUUAACUAACUGCCUAGUUGGGACACCCCUCCUUUGUUCACUUAAUUGGUUUCACCCCCUCGAGAAGGGGUUAAAAUUUGUUGUAUGUUCUGCUGCUCCACCAGAAGAGGCGAAAAAAAGUUAGUAAUGAGAGUUUUAGUUUUUCCUUUUUAGGUUACCAAGGACGACUAAAACUUUUGCUGUUCAUAUGUACAGCUAUGUCCCUUUAAUCUGAAUGCAUAUGGUCUUUUCUUUAGGCAUAA